GCAGACGACAACAUGCUGCACGGACCAAUUUUCAUUCAGGAACCAAAUAAUGUAAUUUUUCCACUGGAUUCUGAGGAAAGGAAAGUGAAGCUGAACUGUGAAGUGAAAGGAAAUCCUAAGCCAACAAUCAGGUGGAGGUUAAAUGGAACCGAUGUUGACAUUGGUAUGGAUUACCGCUACAGUAUAGUGGAAGGCAGCUUGUUGAUCAAUAACCCCAAUAAAACCCAAGAUACUGGAACAUACCAGUGCAUAGCAACAAACUCAUUUGGAACAACCGUUAGCCGAGAAGCAAAACUUCAGUUUGCUUAUCUUGAAAACUUCAAAACAAGAACAAGAAGUACAGUCUCAGUCCGCCAAGGUCAGGGAAUGGUACUGCUGUGUGGACCACCGCCCCACUCUGGAGAACUCAUUUAUGCAUGGAUCUUCAAUGAAUAUCCAUCAUUUGUGCAGCAAGAUAAUCGUCGUUUUGUUUCUCAAGAGACUGGGAAUUUAUACAUAGCUAAAGUGGAGGCGUCAGAUGUGGGCAACUACACCUGCGUGGUGACAAACACCGUAACAAAUAGCAAAGUGCUUGGACCUCCGACUCCUUUGAUCCUGAGGAAUGAUGGGGUGAUGGGUGAAUAUGAGCCAAAAAUAGAAGUGCAGUUUCCAGAAACAGUUUCAUCUGCAAAAGGAACAACUGUGAAACUGGAAUGCUUUGCCUUGGGAAAUCCAGUUCCAACUAUUAGUUGGAGAAGAGCAGAUGGAAAGCAAAUACCCAGGAAAGCCAGGAGACACAAAUCCAGCGGAGUUCUUGAAAUCCUAAAUUUUCAGCAGGAAGAUGCUGGUCCAUACGAGUGCAUGGCUGAAAAUGUGAGAGGGAAGAAUGUGGCACGUGGACAGCUGACGUUUUAUGCCCAACCCAAUUGGAUUCAGAAAACAAGCGAUGCUCGGGUCGCUAUCGAGGAAAGUAUCUUUUGGGAGUGCAAAGCAAAUGGGAGGCCGAAGCCUUCCUAUAGCUGGCUAAAGGAUGGAGAACACCUGAUGCCUCAGGACAGAAUUCAGAUCGAGCAUGGAGCACUUAGGAUAACAAAUAUAAGCCUGGCAGAUGCAGGCAUGUAUCAGUGCAUAGCAGAAAACAGACACGGGACUAUUUUUUCCAGUGCAGAGCUGAGUGUAAUAGCUGUGGGUCCAGAUUUUUCCAAAACCCUCUUGAAAAAGGUGACUCUUGUUAAAGCGGGAGGUGAAGUAACCAUAGAGUGUAAGCCAAAAGCUUCCCCCAGACCUACUUAUACCUGGAAGAAAGGAAGAGAGAUCCUAAGAGAAAAUGAGAGAAUCACAGUUUUGGAAGAUGGGAGCCUUAGAAUUGUCAAUGUAACAAAAUCAGAUGCUGGAAGUUACACCUGUAUAGCAACAAACCAUUUUGGGACAGCUAGCAGCACUGGAAGUUUGGUGGUGAAAGAUCCAACACGGGUUAUGGUGCCACCUUUCAGCAUGGAUGUCACUGUUGGAGAAAGUAUUGUCCUGCCUUGCCAGGUAUCUCAUGAUCACUCGCUAGAUAUUAUGUUUACUUGGUCAUUUAAUGGACACCUCAUAGACUUUGAAAAAGACGGGGAUCACUUUGAAAGAGUUGGAGGGGAUUCAGCUGGUGAUUUGAUGAUCAGAAGCAUCCAGCUGAAGCAUGCUGGGAAGUAUGUCUGCACGGUGCAAACAAGUGUGGACAAGCUAUCGGCUGCUGCAGACCUGAUUGUAAGAGGUCCACCAGGCCCACCUGAAGCUGUGACAAUAGAUGAAAUCACUGACACCACAGCUCAAUUGUCCUGGAGGCCAGGAGCAGAUAAUCACAGCCCCAUUACUAUGUAUGUCAUUCAAGCAAGAACCCCGUUUUCUGUGGGGUGGCAGGCAGUGAGCACAGUUCCAGAGAUCAUUGAUGGGCGAACCUUCACCGCAACGGUGGUGGGCUUAAACCCUUGGGUUGAGUAUGAAUUCAGAGUGGUGGCAGCCAAUCUUAUUGGGAUUGGGGAACCAAGCAGACCGUCAGAGAAGAGAAGAACGGAAGAGGCUCUUCCUGAAGUCACCCCAGCUAAUGUCAGUGGAGGUGGAGGGAGCAAGUCAGAGCUGGUCAUUACAUGGGAGACAGUGCCUGAAGAACUACAGAACGGAGGUGGCUUUGGUUAUGUGGUGGCCUUCAGACCGUUUGGCACAGUGAGCUGGAUGCAGACUGUCGUAGCUUCUCCCGAUGCCUCUAGAUACGUGUUUCGAAAUGAGAGCCUGCCCCCGUUCUCUCGCUAUGAGGUGAAAGUGGGAGUGUACAACAAUAAAGGAGAAGGCUCUUUCAGUCCCGUCACAGUUGUAUAUUCUGCCGAAGAAGAGCCCAACAGAGCUCCGACCAGUGUCUUUGCCAGAAGUCUCUCUGCUUCAGACAUUGAAGUUUCCUGGGCUCCUCCACAUGAGAAUCAGAGUAAAGGAAGGAUCCAGGGUUAUGAGGUUCGAUACUGGAAGCAUGAUGAGAAGGAAGAAAAUGCUAAAAAAGUCAGAACUAUUGGUAAUUGGACAUCUACAAAAAUUGCUAACUUGAGAGGCAGUGCAUUGUAUCAUUUAGCUGUGAAGGCAUAUAACACUGCAGGGACGGGCCCAUCCAGUGCCACAGUCAACGUCACUACCAAAAAGCCCCCCCCAAGUCAACCUCCUGGAAAUAUCAUAUGGAAUUCAUCUGACUCCAAAAUUAUAUUGACCUGGGAUCAAGUAAAAGCACUGGAUAAUGAAUCUGAAGUGAGAGGAUACAAAGUUUUAUACAGAUGGAACAGACAAAGCAGUACGUCUGUAAUAGAAACGAAUAAAACAUCUGUGGAGCUUUCUUUGCCUUUUGAUGAAGAUUACAUCAUAGAAAUAAAGCCAUUUAGUGACGGAGGGGAUGGCAGCAGCAGUGAACAAAUCCGAAUUCCAAAGAUAACAAAUGCAUAUGCUAGAGGAUCUGGGUCUUCAACUUCAAAUGCUUGUACGUUGUCAGCCAUCAGCACAAUAAUGAUAUCCCUCACAGCUAGAUCAAGUUUAUGACAAAAAUUACAUGAAGGACUUCUUGUUUAUAAUAUAAGCAACAUUUAGCUAGUUGUUUUGAAGACACCCAGUACUAAGUAAUAUUGUGGUUCAAGUACAUCUUACUACUGGAAAAAAUGUUUUAUGCUUCUUUAGGAAUGGCAUUAUACAGUACUUCCUCAAAGCAAAUAUAGCUUUGUCUGAAGUUUCCUUGGAAACUCUGCAAUGCACUGAAGACAUCUGUAAUAUGAUGUUACCAAAGCAGUUUACAUAUGUCCUUAUAUGCAUAUUUUUUAUUAUAUAUUUAGUGUUUUAUAGAAUUUUUUAAAGUUAACAUAUGAUGUAGAUAUUAAUUUUUCCUCUGCUAUAAAAUGCUAUGGACGACAUGAUCAUAAAAAUAUUGUUUGGAAUUUUUUCUUUUAGGAUGAAGAGUCCAAAGUUGUUUGCAGUAAAUUGGUUGCAAAUUUAUUGUACAGUUUUACAAGGGUGUACAUUGGCAGAACUGUUUAGGACUUGGUUCUUAACUCCAGGCAGCUGUAUUUAAAUGGCCGUUAUGAUGAUUCUUACGUUAUAUCAAGUGCUUUUAACAUGCAGAUUAUUUUUUUCACUUUGGAACAGGUGACUAACCAAGACAGAUUUAGGUAACUGUCAAGAACAGCUACGAUCUUGAAAAAUUACAUAGAAUUUUUGGUUGUUUGUGGACUAUCGUACAUAUAGCCAAUAAUUUAACAACACAUAGUGGGAUUUCAUUUUCCUGUAUUGAAGUAGCUUUAUCUUUAUCAUAAAUAACAUUUAAAUCAGAUGUUAAAAUUGUUGUUACUUUGCUGCAAUCUCUUCCUCUAGUAGCAUCAAUCUAGUCAUUACAGCAGAUGAAGGACAAGAAUCUGACCCUAGCUAGUUUGGUGAAAGUUGAGUGUAAUUCCAGCUAAAUUGGUGAUGUUACUCUGGACAGUUCACCAAGGAAAUUAUAACAUAACUAUGGCAACUCUAAAACUUAAAAUGAACACCAGUUUUCUAUGUUUCUUUUCCAUGUACAUUUUAAAUGCGACUCAUAAUUCUUCAUAAUUCAGUUGCAAUCUUAAAUUGGCUUACGUACUUGCACUUAGAUCUAGGUGAUUAACUGAAUCUGAAAAAUGUUUCUCAUUGCUCAUAUAGCUUUCUCAAGAAGGAUUUUUUUCAUGUUAAGUUUCAAGGUCUCUUUGGGUGUAUGGUCCCACAAUAGUUGUGUGCUAUGAAGUUUCUGUUCCUUUAGAAACUCUCCAUAAAAGUCCAAGGUCUUAGUAGAAUCACACUGGGAAAUGACAGCAUCCACAGCAAAAUAAUUCUUCUUUAGAAAGGAAAUGUUUAUUACUAUGGGGUUUUUUGUAAGUUCACACAGACGGCAUAAUGCUAGUAAAAAGGCUGGAAUUUUCUAUAAAACUUUUCAAGUUGAAAUGAGCUGCAGUGGUUUAUUAUUAUUAUUUUUCCUGAUAGCUUGAAUUUGCCUGUAACUUGUCUUUUUUGCUUACAAAACAAUCCAAGUUAACUUUUAAACCUUCUCAAUAUAUUUAUUCAGUAACUCAUAAUCGGGAUUCCACUUGUGUAAAAGUCAGGGGUGUUAACCAGAGAAAUAUUGUCAGUAUUUCAAGCUGUGUUCCUUUCUUAGUUUGAUAUGGUUACUUCUAUGUAAAAAA